AUGUGGUUUCGUAAGAAGGAGAGCGACAUUGAGAUGUCGGGGUUACAGGGGCAAAAACAUUAUCAGGGUCGUCCAGAAGAGACAGAGUACCGACCUUUGAAUUGGAAGAAGAUCUUUCUCUCACCAAAGUACAUACCAUGGCACAUCUUGGGACUAGCCAUCCUCAUUGCGACUGUACUACUAACAUUGUACCAUGAUGAGGUCGUUGAUACCCUCCGCCCCUUUUCAGAGAAGGUCCGUGACCUCGGACCAGCAGGAUGGCUGAUCCCCGUCGUCAUCCUAGUCGUCAUAUCGUUUCCGCCACUUUUUGGUCACGAGAUUAUCGCUUUGUUGUGCGGUGUCGUUUACGGACUAUGGGUUGGUUUCGCUCUUGUCGCAGCAGGCACAUUCCUCGGUGAAGUUGGCACUUGGUUUGCAUUCAAGUAUCUCUUCCGCCGCAAAGCGCUCAACCUCGAGCGCACAAACCUCAACUACGGCGCCAUGGCGCGCCUGACCCGCGACGGAGGCUUUUUCAUCGUUCUGAUAAUCCGACUCUCCGCAAUCCCAGCGCAUUUCUCGACCGCCGUUUUCUCAACCUGCGAUGUCAAGUUCUGGCAUUUUAUCGUCGCCACCUUGCUCUCGCUGCCGAAGCAAAUCUUUCUCGUGUACUUGGGCGUACUCCUUGUGCAGAAGGACAACGACGGCAUGGUCAAGACUAUCAUGUUCGGUGCUGUGUUCUUGAUCACGAUUGCAAUGGGGGCGUGGAUCUGGGUCAAAAUGGCCAAGAUCAAGAAGGUGCUACUCGAAGAACAGGAGCAGAGGCGUGUGAAGAGUAUGGAAAGCCAGGUGAACCUUGUGCCGGAUGUGAAGAGCGCGUUCGAAAUGCGCUACGAUGAUGAGCCAGCUGAGUUUACCGUGCAACCAACGCAGCCGACAAAGAUGGUAUGA